AUCGUUCAUUCGGUUUUCGUCAGUUGAAGCGGUCGCUGUCUCUGUUGGAGUGUCCCCCAAUAGAACUGAAACUUUCUAAAUUUUGUGUAGAAAGUGCAGAAAUACAAAUCAUAAGUUUAGUUCCCUGCCGUACGUUACAUUAAGUCAAACACAAUGGGAAUCAAAUUCCUAGAAGUUAUCAAGCCCUUCUGCAGUAUACUGCCAGAAAUUGCAAAGCCAGAGCGCAAGAUUCAAUUCAGAGAGAAAGUACUAUGGACAGCUAUCACAUUGUUCAUUUUCCUGGUGUGCUGUCAAAUCCCGUUGUUCGGCAUCAUGAGCUCCGAUUCAGCGGAUCCCUUCUACUGGAUACGUGUGAUACUUGCCUCGAAUCGUGGCACGCUCAUGGAGCUGGGCAUUUCGCCCAUCGUGACAUCCGGUCUGAUUAUGCAGCUCUUGGCUGGCGCCAAGAUCAUCGAAGUCGGUGAUACGCCCAAGGAUCGUGCUCUCUUCAACGGCGCACAGAAACUGUUCGGCAUGGUCAUCACCAUUGGCCAGGCCAUCGUCUAUGUGAUGACCGGCAUGUACGGUGAUCCAUCGGAAAUUGGCGCCGGCGUUUGUCUGCUGAUCAUCAUCCAGCUGUUUGCUGCCGGUCUGAUUGUCCUGCUGCUCGAUGAACUGUUGCAGAAGGGCUAUGGCCUGGGCUCUGGUAUUUCGCUGUUCAUUGCCACGAACAUCUGUGAGACGAUCGUGUGGAAGGCAUUCUCGCCCACCACUGUGACAACGGGACGCGGCACCGAAUUCGAGGGCGCUGUGAUUGCCCUCUUCCACCUGAUGGCGACACGCAACGAUAAAGUGCGCGCUCUACGCGAGGCAUUCUAUCGUCAGAAUUUGCCCAAUCUGAUGAAUCUGUUGGCCACCAUUUUGGUGUUUGCUGUGGUCAUCUACUUCCAAGGCUUCCGCGUGGAUCUGCCCAUCAAGAGCGCUCGCUAUCGCGGACAAUACAGCAGCUACCCGAUCAAGUUGUUCUACACUUCAAACAUUCCCAUCAUUCUGCAGUCGGCUCUGGUCUCCAACUUGUAUGUCAUCUCCCAGAUGUUGGCCGUCAAAUUCCAAGGCAACUUCUUCAUCAACUUGCUGGGUGUCUGGGCCGAUGUUGGCGGCGGCGGCCCAGCUCGUUCCUAUCCCAUUGGCGGCCUGUGCUACUAUCUGUCUCCACCAGAGAGUGUGGGCCACAUACUCACCGAUCCGAUCCAUGCUCUGCUCUACAUUGUCUUCAUGUUGGGCUCCUGUGCGUUCUUCUCCAAGACAUGGAUCGAUGUAUCUGGCAGCUCAGCCAAGGAUGUUGCCAAGCAGCUGAAGGAGCAGCACAUGGUCAUGCGCGGUCAUCGUGAGAACUCCAUGAUUCAUGAACUGAAUCGUUAUAUUCCAACGGCUGCCGCUUUUGGUGGUCUUUGCAUUGGCGCUUUGUCCGUUAUGGCUGAUUUCCUGGGCGCCAUUGGCUCCGGUACGGGUAUCCUGCUGGCUGUGACGAUCAUCUACCAAUACUUUGAGAUUUUCGUUAAAGAACAAUCCGAAAUGGGUGGCAUGGGCACGCUGCUGUUCUAAGCAGCGGAUUUUAAUUACAAACGAAAUAGAAAUUAAAACCCAAAACAAUAACAGCAAACAAAUACUUCAUCAUAUACUUCUCACAUGUCAGCUCGCUGCGAUUCCCGCCACCCGCCUCGCGUCUACCAAGUUAAGUGAACUAACAUCAUCGUCCUCGUGUGGUUUCAAGAAAAGAAAAACAUCCACGAUUUGAGGGUCUUUUGUUGCUGACAAAAAAUUAUGUUUGUGUUUAAUGCGACAAGAACUUUAGUUUGAAUAGUUUUAUUAGUUUGUACCAGAGAUAACUGAAAAUGUGAGACUUUAUUGCUUAAGUUCAAUAUUUCACCGAAUUGAUUGAAUUUCAAUGCAAUCUGUUGUUUUUUAACUGAAUGUGUAAUAUAAAUUUAUAGACCAUCAUCUAUUACACGUGAAA